UUCUGGGAUCUUUUAUUUCAGCUCAUGAAACGUGACACGGAAUACUUUACAUGUUGCAUUUAUGUUUGUUCAGUGUGUGUAUAUAUAUAUAUAUAUAUAUAUAUAUAUAUAUAUAUUUAUUUAUUUUUUAUGUUUCACACAUUUCUGGAAUUUAUACAAUUGUAGAAGCUAAAAAAUAUAUUAAAAAAUCCCAAAGCGUUUGCAUUUAUGAAUAUACAAUUUGGCCAAGAUAAUAAAUUACAUUUUAUUUUUAUGGAAUUACUGCGUUCAUGUUAGCGCCAGCCUGGGCUGGGUUGCAUUGCCUGCUGGGUAGGCUCCCUGUGCAAGGUUACUAGCAGCUAAAAACUCUCUUCCUUCAAAUCGAAACGGUCUGCUAGUUCUGAAUUAAACUGCCUUUGUCAUCAACAUGCUAGGCUAGCUAAUGCUAAAGCAGCCCAUUGGAUUCAAUGAAAAUGCGAUAUAUAGCGUUGGGGAGUAGCUGCCGGAGGUGUUGUGGAAUCCAAUAGGCUGCAUUAGCAUUCACUAGCAUAGCAUGCUGAUGAAAAAUGCAGUUUAAUUCAAAACUAGCAGCAUUUCAAUCUUCUCGAUUUCGUUGCUUGUUGUAAAUGAGAACUUGUUCUCAACUAGCUUACCUGGUUAAAUAAAGGUGAAAUUAAAAAUAAAUAAAUAAUGGAAUAAUUAGGAGUACAGAAAAACCUUCCAUCCCCGAAUUGAGGUAUGUUAUCAAGCCAUAUCCCUUGUCUGUCAUCACAGUGAAAACAUAGUGGCAUAGGACCGUUUCAAUUUGAAGGAAAACUGAACUUCAAGUUGAGUUUUGGCUAACGAGCAGCCAGAUAAGCUUGGAUCCAUUGGUCCCAAGUGUCUCUCUCUGAGAUUGUCAUGUAGUCAAAUCCCUGGUAGGUACGCAAGGACCUCACCCCGCCAGCUUCAGUAAGCAGCGGAAUCCCCAGAUAAAACAGGUUAGGCUAAACCGUGUUUCGGUUGUCCCUUUCUGUUGUGUACGGAGACAAAGCACCAUCCUACCCAGUGCCCUGCAUUAUUCCCGCCCAGAGCGUUUCCGACCUCACCAUUACCAGUCCGGACCCGAAUCAAGUCUAUGGCAUUCUGCCAUGGGAAAUCCUGAUAUUCCCUCAAGGCCCUAUUGAGAGAAGUAAUCACUGUCAGCAUCCUAAACUCUGUUUGAUCAAACAUAAUCCUCAACUUGAUUGAGACUUCAAUUGAGCACAUCAACCACCCGAGCCACUGCCUGUUCACAUCGCUACCAUCCAGAAGGCAAGGUCAGUACAGAUGCAUCAAAGUUGGGACCGAAAGACUGAAAAAUGCCAUCAGACAGCCAAACAGCAAUCACACACUCAGCGAGGCUGCAGCCUACAUUGAGACCCAAUCACUGGCUACUUUAAUAAAUGGAUCACUAGUCACUUUAUGCCACUCUAAAUAAUGUCACUUUAAUUAUGUUUACAUAUCUUACAUUACUCAUAUCACAUGUAUAUACUGUAUUUUAUACCAUCUUGCCUAUGUCGCUCGGCCAUCGCUCAUCCAUAUACUUACAUGUACAUAUUCUCAUUCACUCCUUUAGAUGUGUGUAUUAGGUAGUUGUUGGGGAAUUGUUAGAUUACUUGUUAGAUAUUACUGCACUGUCAGAACUAGAAGCACAAGCAUUUCGCUACACUCAUUAACAUCUGCUGACCAUGUGUAUGUGACAAAUAAAAUGUGAUUUGACUUGACAGACAGUCGCACCUAAAUAGUACAGUUGGUGGAAAUCCUGCCAGUCUGUUGGCCUGUCCAAACUCGUGCCAGGAAGUACCACACCUUGAGUACAUUGUCUCUGGUAAAGUCUAUCUCCUGGCUUGCUUGAUGCAGGAUCCUCCUGUCCUGAGUUAAUUAAGCAGGAGUGAUAGAUCCUCCAGACGUCAGGAUUGUGAUAGCCAACACCAUCAGAUUGAGGAUUGCUUAACCUGUUCAAGGCGACAAAACUAAAUGGAUUAACGCCACUGGGGUGUUCUAUCUCCAAUGAAGAAGGAAACCAAUCGUAAAACAAGUUAACUCGGCGUUUAAAUCCGUGCAAACCACAGUAUCUUUGGUGUUAUUCUUUCGGUUUCUACACGUCACUGAAAUGCGUUUCAAACCUGUGGACAUGCGCAAUGCACUCACUGACCUUCCUUAUGCAGCCUCGUCCAGUAGCUAGACGAGGACCUUGAGUGUGUAUGACAUUGUUCUUUCAUUUUGAUUAAUCUGACAGAAACCGGACCAUGCCGGGUUCGGUGGAGGUUCCCACUUUUAAUGACUUGAAUGUUGAGGAGAUCAGUGUGUCAUCUGCGGUGCUGAAGGGAGCUGCCCACCACUAUGGCUCACAGUGUGACAAGGCCAACAAGGAGUUCAUGCUCUGUCGCUGGGAGGAGAAGGACCCUAGGAAGUGUCUGAACGAAGGGAGGAAAGUCAACGAGUGUGCACUUAACUUCUUCAGGCAGAUAAAGGGGAGCUGUGCUGAGUCCUUCACAGAGUACUGGACCUGCCUGGACUACUCCAACCUGGCAGAGCUGCGUCAGUGCCGCCAACAGCAGCAGGCCUUUGACAGUUGUGUGCAGGACAAGCUGGGCUGGGAGAGACCCAACCUGGGAGAACUGUCCAAGGUGACAAAGGUGGACACCUCUCGUCCCCUUCCUGAGAAUGCUUACCACUCGAGACCCCGGCCAGAGCCCAACCCUGUGAUCGAGGGCCAGCUGCAGCCAGCCAAGCACGGCAGCAGACUCUUCUUUUGGAGCUGGUAAAGGGUAAUCUUCCCAGCCUCCGCACCAAUCCUCACCUUAACCAUUAGUGAGAGAGGGGGGGGGGGGUGCAAAACUAGGGGCAACUUCACCCUACACCGGAAGGCAGUCCUCCAGAGCCUAUCCCAUCAUGCCUGCUCUCUUGUCCAGUACAGCCACCAUCAUCAGACCUGGUUGGACAGGAAGGGACGUCUGCGUGCACCAGCCAUCGUCACAUCUCCUCCUAUGUUGUAGAAAUUAUAAUGAAUGAACAAAAACUACUUGUGUUUAUUGUUGUGAAAUAAAUACUAAAUGUUGAAGUUG